CUCUCUCUCUCUCUCUCUCUUUCUCUCACACGCACAUACACACACAACGCACAAACACAUACACGCAUAUUCGAGCUCAUGAAGAAGCAGAAGCUCUUUCUUUCUCCUCCCACACUCUCUUCUCCUCUCCUCACCAUUCUCCGCCUCAUCUCCUCCCCCUUCACCACCACCUCCACCGCCAUUGCCGCCGCCAUUGCGAACUCCGAACGUUCUGAAGACGACGAAGCUUCGCUCUCCUCCCCGCUCGUCAUCGCCGAAAACGACCUCCUACGGGCGAGCCACAAGACCCAACACGGCCUCCACGUCCUCGACCUCGUCGACGCCGGAGCCCUCGAACCCACCUCCGUAAUCUACUCCUCAAUCAUCAAGAGGUGCACCCAACUGCAGAAGCUUAAGGCGGGUAAGAUCGUUCAUGCCCACUUCCUCAAUUCGAGGCUCAAAGGCGACGUCUUUUUCCACAACUCCAUCAUCAACAUGUAUUGUAAAUGCGGGAGCUUGGAGGACGCGCACAAGGCGUUCGACGAAAUGCCCUCGAGAGAUAUGGUCUCAUGGACGGCUCUGAUCACUGGAUAUGCUCAGAGUGAUCGGCCGAGAGAGGCACUUGAGCUGUUCCCGAGAAUGCUCAGGCUCGACCUUAGACCGAAUGGGUUUACUUUCGCGAGCCUUUUCAAGGCUUGCGGGGCCUUUUCUGAUGAUGAAACCGGUAAACAAAUUCACGGAGUGUGUAUAAAGUACGGUUGUGAUCUAGAUGUUUACGUGGGGAGUGCCUUGCUGGAUAUGUAUGCUCGCCACGGGAACAUGAACGAAGCAUGUUUGAUCUUUGAGCAUUUGGAUUCCAAGAACGAGGUAUCAUGGAAUGCUUUGAUAGCUGGUCAUGCGAGAAAAGAAGAUGCAGAAACUGCUCUUAAGCUGUUCUGCGACAUGCAAAGGAAUGGCUUUGGGGCAACCCAUUUCACCUAUUCGAGCAUUUUUAGCGCCUGCGCGGGUAUUGGCGCUCUAGAACAGGGGAAAUGGGUUCAUGCCCAUAUGGUGAAAUCGGGGCAAAAGCUUACUGCCUUUGUCGGUAACACUAUUCUUGAUAUGUACGCCAAAUCCGGGAGUAUAGGCGAUGCAAGGAAAGUGUUCGAUCGAUUGGAUAAAAGAGACAUUGUUUCUUGGAACUCCAUGCUUACCGCAUGCGCUCACCAUGGGCUUGGUAAAGAAGCUGUUUCCAUUUUUGAGGAGAUGCGUAGGAUUGGUAUUCAGCCGAAUCAGAUCACUUUCCUCUGUGUUCUCACAGCUUGUAGCCAUGGUGGGCUUUUGAGAGAGGGAAAGCACUAUUUUGAGAUGAUGAAGAAAUAUAAGUUGGAACCGGAGGUCGAGCAUUACGUGACAAUCGUUGAUCUUCUCGGACGAUCAGGAUUUCUCGACCAAGCUCGUGAUUUUAUCAGGAAAAUGCCAAUAGAACCCAACGCUGCUGUUUGGGGAGCUCUUCUUGGGGCUUGUAGAAUGCACAAGAAUGCGGAAUUGGGGCAAUACGCGGCCGAGCGCGUCUUCAAACUGGACCCGAAUGAUGCGGGGCCCUGUGUGUUGUUGUAUAAUAUUUAUGCUACUGCUGGUAGGUGGAAUAAUGCAGCUAGAGUGAGAAAGAUGAUGAAAGAGAGAGGCAUGAAGAAGGAGCCGGCGUGUAGUUGGGUCGAAUUGGAAAAUUCAGUCCACAUGUUCGUAGCCAAUGACGAUUCACAUCCAGAAAUCAAAGAGAUUUACACUAUGUGGGAGCAUAUUAAUGGGAAAAUAAAGGAAGCUGGGUAUAAGCCGGAUACUGAGUAUGUGUUUUUACAUGCUGAUGAGCAGGAGAGAGAGGCGAAGUUACAGUAUCAUAGUGAGAAAAUCGCUCUUGCAUUUGCAUUAACAAAGAUGCCACGAGGGGCAACCAUACGUAUCAUGAAGAAUAUAAGGAUGUGCAGAGAUUGCCAUUCUGCGAUUAAAUAUGUUUCUAAGGUUAUGGGGAGGGAGAUAGUUGUGAGAGAUACGAAUCGGUUCCACCAUUUUAGCAAUGGUUCUUGUUCAUGUAAUGACUACUGGUGACCACCGGCAUUCUAUAGUAUUCAAGUUCAGCAGAAACAAGAAGGAUAUGAUAAUUUUGAUAUUCUAAAUGAUGAAGAAAGUGAGGAGAGGUGAAGGCACAAAGAUAAAGAUUGUGUUCUGAAUCGGGACAUAUAUUUUUUUCCGGAUGUUAUUGCAAAGGGUGGGGAUUCCUGGUACCUGUUUGCUUCAUUGAAUGUCUGUAUGAAUGGUGGAGAAUUAAUCGACUGGUGAACCGCUUAUUUGAGUUAUCGGAAAACGCAUCAAGUGCUUAUUUGAGAAGCUAAGCUCUUACGGCAUUCAUCUGAUGCUGAAUAUUUACAAAUCCAGACUUCUCUCGGAGCAUGCUCUUCGCAUCUUUGUUAAUUUGGGCUAAGCGGCUUCGGCACGAAGAAAGUCGAAAAAAACUAUCAGUUGCCUCCAAAGCCUGCAUGCUCCUCGCCGGAAACAGAUUGCAGUGUGGGAUUGAAUCUCAAAGGAAGAUAGAUUGAGAGCUGUCGGACAGCCGAUCACUGCCUACUCCUGGGCCAAAAUGGGUGGGUUCUGCAACCCGUCUUCCAGUUAUCCAAGUAUAUUACCACCCUCACCGCCGCGUAUGCUGCCGCCAUUGCCGCCGCCAUGCAGAUCCUCUGCACCUUCGCGCAGAGGAUCUGUACCACGCAGGAGGCAUAGGAGGACACGACGACAUCGUCGACGUCGACGACGUAGGGGAAAAGACAGAAGAGCAGGAUGAGGAAGCUCGGAGCCAUUCCUUAGUUUCCUUGGUUCUGCUCUGCUCACUGUUUCAGGCACUCAAUGCUUCGCUAGUACAGAACAGAUUACAUAAGCAUCAAGAGCCUUAAACGGUACUAUUGUUGUUGUUGUUGUUUUUUCCCCUUCGAUAAAAUGUCUGAAUGAUAUUGGAAUUUUAAAUUCAAAAGAGUCUAAUUAUUUUA